GCUGUUCAGUCGUGGCUCCGGAAACGCUGAAUCUCAGAGUCUUCUCCGAUGCCCUCGAUCUCCUCCCUCAGGCACUUGUAAAGCCUUGGAUUUUUUUUACUCAGGGAUACUGCAUUCAGGUCAACUGUUGAUGAUUUGUGCCACGAUUGAUAUUGUUGGAAAAUAUUACUGAACAGACGACAAACUGACAAAUACAGGAACGGUGCACGUGUGACAUUUUAUAAAUACACUCUUUUAUCGAAAUACGCGAAGUGAAUUUCUCGAAGACUCGAACAUCGUAAGACUGAGGAUUGCUCUUACUGACUAACUCCCAUGACAAGACUCAGUAUGACCCGCUUACUUAUAAUGGUUUCGGCAGCGCUGUGGAUUGUGGCAUCAGCUGCGGAUCAAGACGCGUCCGAGUAUCCUGAGGGUUACUACGCCUUUGAGGAAGCCCCUGGGAAAACGCCACCGAAGGUCCGGAAGCCUCCUUAUCUGCAGUCGAAGAUUCCGUGUCCAGGAGCCUUGGAGACGGACGAGGAGGCAGAACAGAGCCUCAACAACCUGUGCGGCGACCUCAACGAGGGGCGGCUCCCCCUCAACCCCAUGGGCCAGUCGGUCCUCGGGCACUCGUACCCCUUCGACCUGAUAAAGAACAUGACGCUAGACUUCUUCAGCAAGACGCUGCCGAUCCUCAAGGAGGACAAGACGCUGCCCAAAGUGGCCAAGCUGAGGAGCCGCAACGUCCCCCUCAGGGACCAGUUCCGCGUCAUCCGGCGCCCCAUCCGCUCCGCCAGCGACGACCUCCCCGCCGACGCUCUGCUGCAGGAGGGCGAGACGGAAGCCGCGAAAGAACCUGCGAUCGUGACGGAAGCGGAGGGCGAGGCGGAAGGCCGAUCCUUGGGCGACGCCUCUGAAGGAGUGUCUGCCAGGGGCGCCAGGUCCUUCUGCAGCAACAACUGGGGCCUGUUCUGCCUCCUCUACAACACCAUGUCUGGCAAGGCUGCGCCCGGAGGCUUGGCUCAGGACCGCAACGACGAGGACUUCGACAGCUCGCUCAACGGACUCGGAGGAAACCUGGGCGGGAUGCAGCCGCUCACGCCCUGCCCUUCCGCCGUAGAAUACAUCACGCCCGUGUUCGCCAGGAAUUACCAAGGCGUGUGGCGCUACGUGGUGCAGAUCCCCUACGAGGGAUACUUCACACAGACGGUCGAAGUUACUCAGUGUUUGUCUGGCAAAUGCUAUUACCUUUCUGGCGCGUGCCUGGCCUCGCCGCGCUGGGUGUCGCUCCUUGUGGCUGAGAUCUACUACCCGGAUGUCGUGUUCCCAGCGGCGACCGGCAAGCGACCCAACUUCAGCCGCGCCGCCGUGUCCUCCGACGGGCCCCCAACGCCCUUCCUGCAGCAGCGGCAGGGCGUCGCAGGAACCAUAAACCCCGUCACGCCCCACUACUGCGACGGCCAGGACGAAAUCGGAUGCUUCCAGGUACGACUCUACUACGACUGGUUCCUCAUCCCCGGGUCGUGCAAGUGCUGGAAGCAGGAUUAUUUCGCCCAGUUUGCUUACCGGAAGUAGGCAGUCUUCGUCACGUCUGAAACAACCCGAUUCUGCACAUUGCCAGUUGCUUUCUCUCAAUUCUGUCCGUGCCUCUUUCUUUUCAUCUUUUUCCUUGAUUCUUCUUCUCCUGAUGAGCUGCGAAAUUUCCGGAGGACCAGUCUCUUUUUUCCAGGAGGAAUCGUAUAGUCAGUUCUGUUGUACAAAAAGAAGAAUUUUCUCAGAAACUUGUAGGCUCAACUCUUCAUGUGAUUGCAUAAAACAUAUGUAUAUGAAACAACAGCAUACCACAGGUAAAUUCUUGAAAGUCCAUUGUAGUGAACACAAAUAAGAUCUGCUAAUUCCGUUUUCUGUUAACAUUGGUAGAUACUUAUUUUGAAUUGUCAUGAAAUAUCUAGUUUCAUUAAUUCUUUUAUUUCUCUCUGCAAGAAAUUCAAACUUGUCUACGUUAAUACUUUCCAAUAAUUUGAAGACAAAAUUUAUAUUACAAAAAAAAUUAUCUCUGGCUGCAGUGUUUACAUUUGUCACUCGUUUUCUUGUGUUCCACAUUGUAGAUAUUACAUCACAGUUAGGUGUUCUGUAACUAGAAAUAUGGCACUAUACACUUGUAAGUGUAGGGUAUGGUGAGACAGAGGAGAGCAGGAAGUUAAGUACGUUCAUUUCAUCUUUGUUGAUUGAUUGUACUCAAUAAUCACCCAAUCAUUUCUUGUCAUCAUAUCCAUUAAUCGUUAGUGUUAUUUCAUAUCACUUUUAAGUAUCAAUGAGCAGAUCAAAUGGUAUACGACCACAUGCUCUAUAUUUCUAACUCGAUUUUCUCGACACUAGAAAUGCACAUUUAGAAACCUUACCCCAUGCAAGUGUAGUAACUAGUAUGAACAACUGAUGACGCAAUGGUAGAAAAAUCACCUAUACACAAAAUAAGCUUACUAAGGGUAUAGCCGGUCUGAAGACUUAGGGGAGAGAAAGGUGUACAGGAGGGAGAAGAAGAAGAAAUACAGUACAAGAAGGGAAUGUGAGCUUAUUCGUCCUCACCUAAAUUUCUCUCCUAUUUUGUGUAUAGUGUUCGAUCUUCUCUCUUGAUUUACUUUUACAGACACUAUUAGAAGUAUAUCACAUAAAAUGGGAUGAUAAAAUUCAGCAACUAAGCAAUGUGGACAUAGAGCAUAAACAGAAAACUAACAGUCAAAUUGACAAAGUGGUAACACAAACUCAAAUGAUUGUUUUCUCUGAUUACACUCUUCAUUAUUUGUUAAUGUACAUAUUUUAGGUUAAGAUUGUUUUUAUCGAUUUCUAUUGGCAUUCCACUGAUGUAUAAGUUACACAUACAAUAAAUUAAGGAAAUUU